AUGGCAUCAUCACAAGCACGUCAGCCUCCUCAAACUGCAUCUGCAAGCGAUCCGCGCAGUGGAGAAUGGUGUCGCAUCCUAAUACCGGUCCCCCCCAAUCACGACGAAUUCUUCACAAUUGAAGAACUACACACCCGCCAUACCCAUGAUGUCCUCACUCAUUGUCAGGAGCUCUUUAAGACAUACCAAGAUACGGGAGAUGCAUCGUGGCUGGAAAAGCGCCGCCUAACACUCCAACAAUGGCUGGUUCGAUUUGACGUGAUGAGUGUACAUCUAGAACAGUGCAAGAACGCUGUCCAAACGGCUUUGGACCUAUCAGAGCCAGAUGAACCGGACGAUACUUAUGCAUCGCCUAGAGCUCCUCCUCGUCAAGCAGCAAUUGAGAGACCAGCAACUCCUCCCCCUUCCCACAGUAGGAUCACACGACGAAGACUGCAACAAGUUGGCUCAACUCCAAUCAAUGAAGAGGAGGGAGGCUCAUUGACGCCUCGGAGCUACUUGGAACAGAAGAUCGAGGCUACUUGGCAUAGAUAUAACCGGAACCUCCAAUUCACCCUCACGUACAACGGCUUUGACGCCGACCCGCCUGACUGGUACUUUGCGCGACAGGAACACGGCCAAUGGGUUGGCAGCGGCUUGCGAUGGGAAUGCGACGGAGUGAAAGUCAAGAAGUACCUUGUUCUAUCUACACCGCGCAACCUCACCAUCGAAGAUGAUCAGGCCGUGCCCAGCGGCAACCGCGAGGACGAACCACUGCAACUCAUGGUUAUCGAAGUCGGAUCGAACCGACAGGUUUUCGCCUCAGGUCGCAUCCUCUUACGCGACAUCGACUUCGAAGGCAACGAGGAGAUCCGAAGUCCCCUGUCAGGCGAAAUCAUUGGCCUGCAAGACACCAGCUCUAACGAUUUGAUCUUCCCGGUCGAGGAAAGAACCUUGCGGGAUAUUUAUAACCUCCAUGAAGAUAUAGAAGCUGAGAUUGACGCACGCGACGAAGCUGCCGAGGCAGAGCGCCAGGAUAAUAGGGAAGAUGCCUCCGCUUAA